UUCUACGGAAGCUAUGCCCCCGGUUUUUCCCGAACACAAGUCGAAUGGUUCCGAGUUCGGAUCUCGACAUAUUCUGAUCAUCUUCCAAAUGCUGUUGCCCGAGUCGUGAAGUGCAGCUCCUCGGAGGAGGCUGGAAGCAGGAAGGGAGGGAGAGCAGGCAAACAUUACAGCAGAUCUUCCCCUCUGAGAGGCAUCCUUCAUCAGCAUCACCCCGACUGCACCUCUGCAUCCCUGUCCGACCGCUGGAGGAGGAAGACAAUGCAGAAGUCUGCCACAAUGAUGAAAGUCAGUGGGAUUCUGCUCAGUUUUUUAAUCUCUGCAGCUAUUCCAUUCCCUCUACAAGGAGAAGAAUCAAUAACCCUUUUCCAUGGAGAGGAUUUCCAAAUCGUGCUCCCACCAUACGAGGUGGAGCUCACAUUCAGGAACUAUUCAGACCCUCGGAACCCCUCAGACUCAGUUCUGAUGAGGGGGGGGGAAGUGAUUAGCAGUAGAGCCAAACACAGCCUGCAACUCAGCCACCUCAUCAUAGAGGCUGUGGGAGAGGGUGACGAGGGGCUAUACAUCCUGAAGAAUUCAAAGAAUCCCAAUGACAAAAAGGAAAUAAAACUCAUAGUCCGAGACUGCACCAUCGAACAGAUCGUCAAAUAUGGUGAUAACUUUAAAAUUCCUAUUGCGGGGGUGAACACUCCAAUCAGUCUGGAGUACAGGCCCAGUGCAGUGGAGGCCAACCAGACAUCGAGACCAGCAGUUGUGGUGUUGACUGCCGCGGGGACCUCCAUAGACCCCUAUCGAGGUCGCAUCAGCGUCAGUGAGCGAUACAUCACCAUCAGUGCUGCUACAGUUAACGACGAAGGAAGCUUCACCGUCAGGGACAGCAAAGGUUUUAUCCAAAAGAAAGUGUGCCUGAACGUCAAAGAACACAAUAAGUUUGAGACCCAUUCAACUGGUGAGAGACUGAAGAUCAACCUUAUUCUGAACAGCUCUUUGGUUCAGCUCUACUACAGCCAAGACCCAAAAGUUCCCGAAAACAUUCUGCUGAUGGAUAAGGGAGAAUUCAUAAUUGGUUCCGGUUUUGAGGACCGUCUCUCCUUGGAAGGUUCUGUGGUCUUUUUGGAUCAGAUCAAGGCCUCUGAUGCCGGGCUGUUUAGAGUCACAGACUUACAAGGAUUCAACAUCUCUACUGUCCAACUGGGAUUAAAACCCUACACACUGGACUCCCUUUAUGUUGCCAUCAUUGCCCUGCUGGGCCUGUUGGCUUUCCUUCUACUGGUUUGCCUUCUGUCCUGUCUAAUCAAAAUUAAGAAAAGGGCCAAGAGAGCCGCUGCGCUGGAGAAACUUGCUCAGAACGCUGGCAAAGAAGAUGAGGGCGAGGCCUUUAGACAGGUGGUCAAGAACAUCACUAAACUCAGUGAGGAGUCCAAACAUUCCCAAGCAGACAACACAGAGAAAUCUCAAAGCACUGAGGUGGACAUCAAGGGUCUGGAGGUUUCUUCUAAAGAGGUUGGCGUCGGUAAUCUAGAGACCAGUGAUUCUGGCGUUGGCUUCAACACUGCGCUGCCGCUGGAUACUGACACUGAUGUCCCCGAUCAAAUCCCUGAUUCUGAGGCUGUAAGCAUUUCUGCUGCUCCUGAAAUCAAACCGAGCCCUCCCUCUGCUGCUGAAACCAAGCCAGCUGCUCCACCAGUACCUGAAACUAAAGCAAGCCCUGUCCCCGAGCCCAAAACAGCCCCAACUCAGCCUGUAGAGGGAAAGCUGGACGCACCCAAACCACUGGAUACUAAGCUUAGCCCAACCCCGAGUCCUGAGCCUGGUUUAAGUCCAGCUGACAAAAUACCUGCACCCAGUCCAAGUCCAGAACCCAAGACUGGUCUGAGUCCAGCUGAUCCAAAACCUGCACCUAGUCCAAGUCUGGAACCCAAGACUGGUCUGAGUCCAUCUGAUCCAAAACCUGCUCCUAGUCGAAGUCCAGAACCCAAGACUGGUCUGAAAUCAGCUGAUCUAAAGCCUGCUCUUAGUCCAAGUCCAGAACCCAAGACUGGUCUGAGUCCAGCUGAUCCCAAACCUGCUCCUAGUCCAAGCCCAGAACUUAAGACUGGUCUGAGUCCAGCUGAUACAAAACCUGCUCCUAGUCCAAGCCCAGAACCCAAGACUGGUCUGAGUCCAGCUGACCCUAAGCCUUCAUCCAGUCCAAGUCCAGAGCCGAAGACUGCUGCUCCCAUCACCACAUCUCCAACACCUGAAGUUAAGAGUGCAUCUGCUAGUCCAGAGCCCCCAAAACCAACCCCAGCAGAACCUAUAACCAAUGGUACGCCUGGACCAGAUUCCAAGGCAAGUCCAGAUCAUGCAGAUAUCAUCAAAGACCCGACUCCGAAAGAGGUUUCCACUAAAACCCUUGAAGUGGAGAUGAAGUCCAGCAGUGUUGAACCAGAGGCCAGCAAAGAUGGCACCGCACAUUCGACUACAACCUGAGGAUCACAGCUGCGAAAACACAAGGAACCCCCACAGAUCCCUCUCUACCACCACUGCAGACAAUCAAACACCACUACCAAAAUGGUGAGGGAAAAACCUCAGCAAGCUGGGGAGAUGAUGAGGAAACAAAACCCCACAGUGAAGAUAAUGCUUCAUUUGUCUAUAUCCUUUCAGACUUUCUAACUAAGACACAGUUUAAAUAAAAAACAUGGCUUUUAAUCUUUAAGCAUUUUAGUUUUUCAGCCUCAUUGUCAAUUAAUUUUACUGGAAAAACUGCCAAACUGCAAAUUAAAUCAUUUGCAGAGUUUACAGCUAAUAUAUUAAAGUCACAUUAGGUGUUUUAUACAGUACAUAUUUUAAAAAAAAUGGUUUACGGCAUUUCAUCAUUGCAGUAUAGCACAGUUUCUUAUUAUCCUAGAAUUAACCAGUGGCCCCUGUUCCUCUAACAGCAUGUACAUAAAACUGACUAAACAAUGCAGGUUUUCUGCCCAACAGACCAAAUGUGGACCUUAUUUAUACCUGUUAACGAAGUUUCCAAGAUAACAAGACUUGCAUAGUUAACCAAAAUGUAAAAACUUAACACGGAUAGUACUACUUAUGAUCUUAACUCCUAGUGGAUUUUUCAGAUAAAUUAAAUGCUAAUCCUGCAGCCUCCAGUUAUGUGGAUUUUCAAUUACUGCGUAAAAAAUUACUGCUUACGAGAAAAGCUGUGCAAACUUCUUCACUUAACACAUUCAUCUUGUUUCUGCUAAACUAAAUACUGGAACAAAUCCCAAACAGAUGGAAGAUAAUUGCUUUAGGAACAAUUUAUUUAGGUUUUAUCCAAUUGGUGUGUGCUUUUACAGUUUUUUUAAUAUAUUUUUUUCCCUUAAAAAUAUACACUCCUAAUUUUGUCCAAAUACUUGAAAUCCUUAGGAGGAGGGAGUAGUGCAAAACCAAUGUCUUUUCUCAGUCACAUGGACUUCCUUAGAUGUUUUAUCUUUUACUAAAUAGCAUUACUGGAUAAACUGAGUUUCACUGUUUCCUUUUUUUUUUUUUUAACAUCAUUAGGAUUGAAUGGGCCCUGCAUAUAUAUAAAUCCAAAUGUGACCUUGAAUUGGCUCCUAAUAAAACGAGUUGGAAUGAUCUAAACUGAUUUAGGACAUAUGUAAAUUCAAUAUAAUAUUAUAUAACUUGACAUGUUUUUUUUUAUUAGUGCAAUACAGCUGUUCUCAUAGAUCCUUGAUGAAUUUAAUAUUUUUUGCUAUUUUUAAAAAUAAUAUGAUUGACUACAGUACAUAUCAUUAAUGCUUUGUGGUGGACUGAAUUCAUUUUACAACCAACUGUAUUUGCUCUUUUAAAAUCUUAAUGGCAUUAAGAACUAGCCUCAAUGACCUGAAAUCAUAGGUUUAUACAACCUGGAGCUGCUUGGAGAAGCACAAUAGGAAACCUUAGAGGAAAAACAUCCAUCUAGACCGCAUUUUAUGAGUCGAGACAAUAGAAAGUGCCCCAUUCUUGCUGUGUAGGGAGCAUACCUGAAGUUUUCAUCAUGACAAUGAUUCAAAAGAAAAGACCUGGUCAAGCUGCUGUUGACUAGAGCAAAAAAGGUGAGGUUCUAAGGCAGCCAUCUUGGCCUCAUGAUCUCAGAGAUUUUAAAGAUACAGUUCGUAGAGUAAAGCCCUGUGACUUAAAUUAUUUAAAGCAUUCAAGCAUGGACACUUUUACCAACCAAAAACACAAGGAGCCUUAUUCAAAACUACCACAAAGUAAUUCAAACUGUGAUUAAUGUCGAAGAACAAAGAUAUACAUGAGGAACAGGGUUAGGUAAACUGUUAAUCAGAAUGAUUUGGACAGUUUGUCAAGAUUUAAAAGAGCAAAUACUACUGUUUGUCACCCAAGCACUAAAAGAGUUUAAAAAAGGUUCUGUAUUUUUAUUCAUAUCGUCAAAAAAUGGCCAAAAUAUCGAAAGUUAUUCCAGAAAAAUCAGCCACAAGUUGCACAUAAAUAUAUAACUUCCUUAAAGCUGCAGGAGUUUACUGUUUAUCUGCACUUCUGAUAGGUUCUAGCUUGUUGACAAAUAUACAUUUGCAAACUUUAUCAGAGAGUAUGUUUGGUGGUUGAAUGAAAGAACAGUGUUUCUGGCUUUUAUUAAUAAUAGUAGUUAGCAGUGCAACAGAUGGAGAAUCCCUCUGGAGUCCAACUUGCAGCUGAAACAAAAUCCAAACAGACAUCACUCCUAGAAUCAAGUUUUGACUUUCAAGAUAAAUUGAACCAGAGCAAAUAUUGCUAUUUUUCCUCAGGAGCAGCAAAAAACAAAACAAAAAACAGCUGCUUUUCUCUGUUAAAAGAAUAGUGAUUAAAGUUGGGUUGCGGUAAAAAGUUGCAAAGGGUUGAUAUCUUCGUUUUAUAUAAAUCUAGACGAGUUGGUACUGGAGGUUGUAGGCUAGUCUAAAACAGACCUUGACAAGUUCCAAAACGACUCGAGUCUUGAAUACUUCAAGGUUUAAAUGAAUGCAAACUAAAACUAUAUUGCAUUGAUUGCAUUGAGGAUUGUGAUUGACUUCAGAGUUGGAGGCCUUCCACAGAUCUUCCUGUGUGAAACAUGGGCUGGGAGAGGAACCUGCAAAGCAUUAAGGUUAGAAUAAAUAACACUGAAAAAUAAAGUGGCAAAUAAUCCCACAAAAUUACUCAAGUUUGAUACUUACAAAUGUCCUUCUUUUGAACCUGAAUUUCUCCGACCAGAAAUGCUUUCAAAGUACCACUCUCUGUUACUGUUUCACAUUGUAAAAUCGCCGGUGGUGCAAUGCCUCAAAGCUUUAUUUACCGUUAUACGACCAUCGGCUUAACUGUGAAUAACCUUCCAGUGUAAAUUCAUCCAAGAUACUGUAAAGAUUCAUGGAAUAAUGUUUACAUAAAUAGUUUGAAGUUUUUAAACUUUAUUCAUUCAUUGGUAAUUGAAGUCUAUUUUGAUCUAGGCUCCUCUCUGACUAGAGGUUAGCUCCAGUUUCUGGUAUCAAUUCAUCCAAAUUUCUUCUUGAAGACACUAUCAAAGAUAACUUAAGUCUCCCUUAUAAAAUUCUGCUCUGUCCCUUUCAAGCAUGCAGUGUAUACACAGACUGCAUGCCUGAAAGGGGUGCAGAUGGACAUGCAUUUAUGCAUAUUUAUGUAAACUUGGUACAGACCUCAUAACCUGAAAUUUAAAAAACAACAACUUUGGAUUUAUGAAAGCACACAAAAUUAUUCAAAGAUUUAAAAAAAAAUCACUCAGCUGGCCUUUCUUUGUAGGUAUUUAUUAUAUGUAAUUUUUUUUAAAAGCCAUAAAAAAGGUGUCAGACAUGAUACUAAGAUACUAAGACAAAGCGUAUAUUUAAAUAAUCCGACUAAAAACUACUAAUAGAACUCACUGUACGGGGACCUCUUUUCCAGCCUGGAUCUGUGUGGGAACCACGAUCACAUGUACUGACAGUGACCUUUAUAUGAACACACACAUGAAAAAACAUGAACACAAACUGUAAAUAAUGCAUGUGUUUGCCAGUUUAACCCCUUAACUGCUGAAUGUUCCUAGUGUAUAGAACACUUCUUGUCUCAUGUUAAAGAAAUUAAACUAAUUCAGAUUUCUCAUCAACCUUGAAUCUAAUAUAUAAAUGCUUUUACAGAUAUAUACCACUUUUCACUGAUGUCUUGAUUAAUGUAACAUCCCAGAUAUUACAGUAGCUCCUUUUAGCUCAGUUAUCAACUGUUAUUAUUGAAGUGCAACAUAUCUCUUAUACUGUAUUAAACAUGCUUUGCCUAAGUCACUUUAAGCAUCAACCGCAGCAUGCCCGAGUCAUGUUCUGAGCUUUCUUUCCUCCACAAGUCGCACCUGUGUGUACCCAGAGAGUUGAUGUAUCACUGUUGCAGUUGUUGUGUGUGUCCGGGACCUUUUUGUUGUGUCUGCGUGCCUAUGGUACGGUUUAUGACGUAUAUAUGAGCAAACGUGUGCUGAAUCUAUGCACUGGCGGUUUGUACAGAAUGAAAUGUGUACUAUUUGUGCCUGUGUGUCAUGUGUUUAGUAUCCAUGUGCCUGCCUAAAGUGUGUUUAAAAUCAAAAUCGUGCGAUGCGUUCAGAAACACAACGGAAUACUAACAAAAGAAAGUAAAGUGUGGAUAUUUGAACUUGUCCUUUCUUUGUUUCAGUGCCUAGGAUGUUUAUCAGAUUGUUGGACAUUGUUGUCUUCAGUCACUUCCUGGUAGUAAACAGGAUGCUCACAAAAGGCAGUUUAUACACACCUGAACGGACACAAUGGCGCCACUUCUUUACCUUAAAUCUGCUUCUGUGAGUGAGUGACAAAAGCAAUGAAGAAAAUGUAACUUUUUAAAAUGAAUAUAUAGCAUGCAGACUGCUGAUUAUGUUUCCUUUUAGUAGUAUGAGUUCAGGAGUGUAAGUCAUUUAAAAGCUUCAUGUCAUUUGUUUGGUCAAAUGUCAUCUUGAAAUUAUUAGUAUUGUGUAAAAAGCCUUAAAAUAAAUUAAUAUCUUACUGCAGAAGCACAAUCUCACUUAAUUUUAUUUGAUUACAUUUGAGUACAUUUUUGAAGGAACUGAAUCAAAUAUUAGGAUUUUUUUUUAUAUGGCUGGUGCCACAUAUAUUGGUUUUUCUAAGAACUCCCUAAACUGGAUUAAAUGAAAAACAGAUUAAUUUAAUCCACCAGUUCUCGCUGUCCUAUUUAAAUAAAAAUAUUACAAUUUGUAUUUAUGUUUACCAUUCUUCAAAGAUGAUAAAAACUGUUCUCUAGUAAGGCAGUCUUUUUGGUUGUUCUUCAUAAAUUAGGACAUGACUUAUAGAUUCAGAUCCAUGUUUCCAGCUGUUUUCGAGCAAACAUGAUAACAAACAAAGACUGAUGAGUACAUGUUUGCCUUGUUGCCAUUAACAGUGGGGGAAAAAAUCUUCAGGAAAGAGUAUUGUCUUGGGAUCAUCAAGUCUCCUUAAAAAACACAGUAAAGAUGUCAAGCAGAUUGUUUAAGGCAAUCCAUAAAGAAAAACAAAAAAAACAAUGGAGUCGUUGCUAAACUAAGUCGAAAUCUUUCGUCAGAUGAACAUUUGUGAAAAUAAAGUCUCUGUUUAGUUUUUGUAUAAAACCCAAAGCAAACUGUAGUAGCUCCUCCCCACUGUUUAGUACAGUGGUGGAUCUGUGAUGCCAUGGGCCUUUAUCUCUUUCAGGCUGAUUUCACACCAAAUUUUUUAAGAGUGGAGGUUAAUUUGUAGUGGGAAUGUGUAAAGGAGGGAGAAGAAGAAGCAGAAGAUGCAGAAAAUUAAGAUUUUACAUCAAAAGAUGAAAAAAUAGGUGCAGGCUCACCGCUGCAUUAAAACAUCAAAGUAGCACUAAAGACCGUUUCCCCACCGGCUUUUUAUUCUCACUACUUACUUGAUUGAUCAUUGGUGAGGAAAAGCAGCAUAAAUGCCCCCUCAAAGGUCCUGAUAGUCUUGUUAUGAUGAAUGCCAAAGUGUGCUUUGGCAUGCACUUUAACCUCUUCUUCGUGCAGAGAUGUGAGGGCCUGGUAUUUAGUCAUUACAGGGCACAUAAGAGGCACACAGGACAAACAGCCUUGCGCACAGAUGGCUAGUUAAGCUAAAGUUUAUGUUUUAGUGUUGUAGCGUUUCCCUGAGUACCCAGAGAGAACCACUGCAUGCAUAAUGGGAAUAUGCAAACACCAUUUAGAAAGACCCCCAUCCAGGACCUUCCUGCUGCCGUGCAACACUGCAUAUUACUUAACCGCUAUGCACCCCUUGGAGUUUUCUGGGACCUUUUUAAAAUGUAAUUGGGAGUCUUUAGAUAGCAGAAGUAAAAACAAUGGUACCAGUAAUACUUAACUUAAAGUUUUCUUUAGAUUUUAGCUAAAUAUUAUGCUGCUUCAGUGAACCAGUUAUUUAUUUUAAGGCUACUUACUUCAGGGAUGCCUCUAAAUUUUAGGUCUGCUGUAUGAAAAAUGGAGUUCAAAAGCCUGAGCAGAAAGGGGGUGCUCAUUGUUGCCUGUCUGUUUUAUACUUUACUAGGAUCUUACACAGGCCUUGUGUAAUUAGAUUAAAGUCACCACAUGGUAGAGGUUAUAGAAACCUUCUGACUUUUAAACCCACCUCUAACCAGCCAAGAGAAACCAACACAGCUUCUCCUCAGUCUGUGCUAGUUUUGUCGGCCCUGCUGUUAUGGACUCUUUGUGUUGUGGCUUUUCAACUUUGUCUCUCUGUAUUCCCUUUUUGCACAAGUCUUCACACGGAUGUUUUGUAAUGACAAAUGGUCAGUUUUCUGUUUAUUUCAUGACUAAAUACUAAGAAUAAACAAAAGAUUACACCAUCUA